GACGCGCCCACGCACGCACGGAGACCCGAUCAGAGCAACGCUGGCGAUGAGAUGAAGCGAGCUCACACCAGAAGAGAAAGCUGUGUUGUUCUGGAGCCGCUGCUCGUCUGGAUGCAUGUCCUGAAACACUGAUCUGCUGGAGUUUUACUGGAGGUUAAUAUCGGACACACCUGCGCGCGCGAACAGGUUUUCUGAUGGCUCUGCUCGCCCUGCUGCUGCUGCUGGGCUCGGCGUCGGGCUCGGCCCCGGGGCCCCAGUGGCCCCUUCAGCGCGUGCCUGUGGUUUGGCCCCAGCAGACAGAGGAGCGGCCAGCGCCUCACUUCCUGCAGCCCGCUCAGCUGGAGCUCAGCUCUUCCUGCGGCCCCGAGUGCCACAAGCGGGCCCCUGCACCCAGCUACUGGGACCUGCGCCAGUUCCUGUCCUACGAAACGCUGCACUCCAGCGGCCAGCUGACCGAGACGGCGGUGGGCAUCUACGGAUUCGACGCCGAGGCCUUCUACAGGCCCCCCGCCGGCCGCUCCAGACGCAGACGCCAGAUCUUCGGUCCAGACGGCCGCUUCAGUAUCAUCGGCCAGGACUUCCUCAUGAACUACCCCUUCUCCACCGCCGUCAAGCUGUCCACCGGAUGCUCGGGGACGCUGGUGGGGGACCGGCACGUCCUCACGGCGGCGCACUGCGUUCACGACGGAAAGAACUACGUCAAAGGAGCCCAGAGGCUGAGAGUGGGCUUCCUGAAGCCGCGGCAGAAAGAGACGUCCGGCGGAAACGGCACUGAACCGAGCAAGAUGAAGUUCCAGUGGAUCCGAGUCAAGCGCACACACGUGCCCAAGGGCUGGAUCACUAACACUGGCUCGGCCAACGACAUCGGCAUGGAUUACGACUACGCCCUGCUGGAGCUCAAGAAGGCCCACAAGCGGAGGCACAUGAAGCUGGGCAUCAGCCCCGCGGCCAAGCAGCUCCCCGGGAAGCGUGUGCAGUUCUCCGGGUUCGAUAACGACCGGCCGGGUCAGCUGGUGUACCGCUUCUGCGAGGCCGGGGACGAAACCUACGACCUGCUGUACCAGCGCUGCGACGCUCAGCCGGGCGCCAGCGGCUCCGGGGUCUACACCCGCAUGUGGAACCGCAGACGCCGGCGCUGGGAGCGCAAGGUCAUCGGGAUCUUCUCCGGACACCAGUGGGUGGACCUCAGCGGCACGCCUCAGGAGUUCAACGUGGCGGUGCGCAUCACUCCGCUGAAGUUUGCCCAGAUCUGCUACUGGAUCAAGGGAAACUACGUGGACUGCAGAGAAGGCUGAGUAGCAGUGGAGCGCUUUGCUUUGUCUCCGUUAGCACAUAAGAUACUCUCUAUUAUUUCAUGCAGAAAAGUUGCACAGUCCAGAAUAUGCAUCAAUAACUAAUAAAAUUCUUUGUUUUUUAACACUUGUUUAGCCUUGUGCAAAAGAGCAAAAGUAUGGAGUCAAAUCAGUGCCACAUAUACUUGCAAAAGAAUUGAAGUAUUGAAAAAUAAAAUAAAGUUUUGCAAAGCAAAGUUAAAGUGAGGAAACAAUAAAUGUGCUUUUCGCAAACAAAAAUAAAGAAUUGCAAAAGAAAAUAAAGUUUUGCAAACGAAAAUGAAAGUAUUGAGAAAAACGUGCUUUUGCAAACAAAAAUAAACAAUUGCAAAAUAUAAAUGAAACUAAAUUUGCAACACACAUUUUUCAUGGCCAUAGCUACUCAUUUAUUUGCAAAGCUGCUUUUAUUUUGCUUUUCAGUCAAGUGUGAGUUCGCGAUAACUUUCUUUUUCCCACCCCCAUGCCAAAACAAUGCCAGAAAGUGAAACGCGCAGAAACUGUAUUCUUUGUAUGCUUUGCAAAACUUUAUUUUAUUUUGCAAUACUUCAAUUAUUUUGCAAUUAUAUGUGGCAUUGAUUUGACUCCAUACAUAAGUAUUUGGUAAGGUUCUCCACUGACAGCCAUUCUAUCGUAGCACAUAUCGUUAUAAUAUAGUAGAUGUUUUAGGAGUGCCUGAUUUUUAUUUUCCGUCUGCUGCCUUUGAUUUCACGGCUCAGGACAGUCGCCGGUGAAGGACUGGAGACAGAAAGGCACGGACAUCAGCUUGUUCUGUUCGUAGCACCGGUGCCGUUUCUGUUUUCUCUAAUGUACUGAAGUGUGAGGUGCUUGCUUGUGUGGAAAUUGAGAACUACUGUAUGAGAUACUGCUUUUACAGGCGUGUGCUUCCCUCUAGUGGUCAGAGACUGUUCUGCAGAGGUCCACACACAAACACACUGUAUAUCAAGACAUGAGUGGAUAUCAGCUCCCGAACCGCACUUUGACGUUUAUUCAUUCAAUGGCACUAAUCAUUUGGAGAAUUUUAACGCCCUUUGUUAUGCACAACACAUUAAAAGCUUUUGCAAAAAAUAAAAGCACCAGUCAUGAAUGAGAAUUAACUGCAAGAACUGCUCAGAUUAGACACAUUCAUGCGUGAUCCACAAAUGAUUGUUUUUAUAAAGUCACGACGCUUGUCGAGAACAUGGCCAGCUUAUAUUUCACCCAAACAUUGUAAGAAAAUGGAGCUUAUUUUUAAGGCACUUUGAAAUUAAGCACCCCUAAAAUUCUCAUGACUGUAAUAAGAAAAACAAACAUACUAUCAUAAUAUAAAGAAAAUCUUUCUUGGUUUUAUUUUCCUCUUGGGGUGAAAUACGACCCAGACAUUUCCUGGCCUUUUUCAUGAUGACGAUCAUCCACCAACAGAUCUGAGAAGAACAGGCUGUUUUUGUCUUUUAUUCUGGAUGUCAUCAAUACUCUGAAACAAGCGGUUCUGAAAAAUACUGCAAGCCUGACAGUCCACAGGCUCCGCCCAGAGCGCACUAGCCACGCCCACGGCCCCCUGGGAUUUGGCACAGAAAAGGAAAGAAGGAUGCUGAUGGCUCAAGCUUUAAAAUAGAUCCUGUCGGUGCUGUUUUCUACAAAGUUUGAUUGAAACAAAGUGGACACGUGAGAUACUAU